AGUAGUCGUCAGUUUAACAAGGGUCAUUCAUAUUCAACUUCCAGGAUGGCUAAAUGUGUGAGUUAAAUGUAUCAAAGGCUUCUAAUUGUUCUUACUGUCUUUCACACUCAUAUGAGUUUGAAAUUUAACUGUUUAGGCUGCAUUUAGGCAUCACAGCUGACACCUGUUAAGCACCGCUUAUAACAAUUUCACAGUAACUGCCAUGGUCAACAGGCAAGAAAAUAACUUUUGAACAGGCUUAUCCGUUGCCUUUGUUGGUAAAGAAGGAGAGGAGCAGGAAAGCAAUGUAAUGAUCAACGUGUUAACUAAAACUCGAAUGUUGGUCAAUUCACAUUAGAAAAAAGUAAACAAAACUAAAAAAGGUCACAUAAUAACAUAAUUUAACUGAAUAUCUGUCUUUCUUUUAAAAAUCUGUAGCCUUACCAUGAAAAGACUCGCAGUCUCAACAUUGAGGAUUUCCCGCUCACAGUGUUGCCUACAAGUUCACGAGCCAGCUCACCGAUAAUGCUGAAGCUUUACCCACCUGCGGGGAAACCGUCUCAUUUGCAUGCGAAUCUUCCGUUGCGCUUUGGACGCACGAGCGAAAUGGAGCCACAACGGACAUCGUCCAAAUCCUCCCUCAACCUCCCGCAAAGAUUCGGCCGGUCUCGGGUGUGCAUGAAGUGCAGGCGCAAUGGAACCCCACCGUCUGCCACGCUGCCUCAAAGGUUCGGAAGAAGAUAUCUGCCAGGCGCCGUUGACUGGCUACCCAUCCACACUAUGGCCUCCAUCCUCGCACCUGCUUACAAACCAUCCGAAGUACAGAAACGGACUUCUUCCUAUGAUGAUAACAGUUCUGAGUGGACCGAGGUCGCUGCAGACGGAGGGGACAGCCUAUUUAUGGAUUUUUGAUAGAACUUUCCUGUGGCCUGGCUGACAUUGGAUGUCUUGGAGCUCAGACACAUUUCAUGAAAUGCUUGCCAUUUAGGUGAGGUUACUUGUUGUCAUUUAUUCCUGUAAAUUUGAAAUAAAAGACUUUGUUGGAACUAUGAAGUUCUGUCUCUGACAUCCAUUUUUUUGCACCA